AUAAACACCAUCAACCCAAUAAACACCAUCAGCCCAAUAGACACCAUCAGCCCAAUAGACACCAUCAGCCCAAUAGACACCAUCAGCCCGAUAGACACCAUCAGCCCGAUAGACACCAUCAGCCUGAUAGAAACCAUCAGCCCGAUAGAAACCAUCAGCCCGAUAGACACCAGCAACCCAAUAGACACCAUCAACCCAAUAGACACCAUUAACCCCAUAGACACCAUCAACCCAAUAGACACCAUCAACCCGAUAAACACCAUCAACCCCAUAGACACCAUUAACCCCAUAGACAUCAUCAACCCAAUAGACACCAUUAACCCCAUAGACACCAUCAACCCCAUAGACACCAUCAACCCCAUAGACACCAUCAACCCAAUAUACACCAUUAACCCAAAAAACACCAUCAACCCAAUAAACACCAUCAACCCCAUAGACACCAUCAGCCCAAUAGACACCAUCAACCCCAUAGACACCAUCAACCCAAUAGACACUAUUAACCCCAUAGACACCAUCAACCCCAUAGACACCAUCAACCCAAUAUACACCAUUAACCCAAAAAACACCAUCAGCCCAAUAGACACCAUCAGCCCAAUAGACACCAUCAACCCAAUAGACACCAUCAACCCAAUAGACACCAUUAAACCCAUAGACACCAUCAACCCAAUAGACACCAUCAACCCGAUAAACACCAUCAACCCCAUAGACACCAUCAACCCCAUAGACAUCAUCAACCCAAUAGACACCAUUAACCCCAUAGACACCAUCAACCCCAUAGACACCAUCAACCCCAUAGACACCAUCAACCCAAUAUACACCAUUAACCCAAAAAACACCAUCAACCCAAUAAACACCAUCAACCCCAUAGACACCAUCAGCCCAUUAGACACCAUCAACCCCAUAGACACCAUCAACCCAAUAGACACUAUUAACCCCAUAGACACCAUCAACCCCAUAGACACCAUCAACCCAAUAAACACCAUCAACCCAAUAGACACCAUUAACCCAAUAAACACCAUCAACCCAAUAGACACCAUUAACCCCAUAGACACCAUCAACCCAAUAGACACCAUCAACCCCAUAGACACCAUCAGCCCAAUAUACACAAUUAACCCAAUAAACACCAUCAGCCCAAUAGACACCAUUAACCCAAUAGACACCAUCAACCCAAUAGACACCAUCAGCCCAAUAGACACCAUCAACCCCAUAGACACCAUCAGCCCAAAAUACACCAUUAACCCAAUAAAAACCAUCAGCCCAAUAGACACCAUUAACCCAAUAGACACCAUCAGCCCAAUAGACACCAUCAGCCCAAUAGACACUAUCAACCCAAUAGACACCAUCAACCCCAUAGACACGAUCAGCCCGAUAGACACCAUCAGCCCAAUAGACACCAUCAACCCCAUAGACACCAUCAACCCCAUAGACACCAUCAGCCCAAUAUACACCAUCAACCCCAUAGACACCAUCAGCGCAAUAGACACCAUCAACCCCAUAGACACCAACAACCCAAUAGACACCAUCAACCCCAUAGACACCAUCAACCCCAUAGACACCAUCAACCCAAUAUACACCAUUAACCCAAUAAACACCUCAACCCAAUAAACACCAUCAACCCCAUAGACACCAUCAGGCCAAUAGACACCAUCAACCCCAUCGACACCAUCAACCCAAUAGACACUAUUAACCCCAUAGACACCAUCAACCCCAUAGACACCAUCAACCCAAUAAACACCAU